AUGUCGGUGUUUGGUCAUAGCUUGGACUGGAUGAUCCCAAAGAUCUUUUCCAACAUAGUUGCCCUCGCGGCCCUCGUUGCGCGCAGGGCUGUCCCGGCGGGGCGGGAGCUGAGGGAGGCGAGGCAAGCCCCGACGCCCGGCACCGCGCCCGCUCCCGCGGCCCUGCUGUGCCACAGCCCGCCGCUCCCGCCCGCCGGCGCGGCCCCGCUGCGCCUGCGCGUGUGCGCGGGCGCGGCCAUGGCGCUGCCGGCAGUGCCCGCGCUGCGGCCCCGGCUGGCGGCGCUGGGCGGCGGCUUGGCGCCCCGGGGCGCGGCCGGGGACGAUACCUUCCUAGCAAAAGGCUCAGCUGCUCUGGAGAAGCUGAAGGACCUCUGUAACGAAGGGAAAGAGCCUCCUUCUGCUCUUUUUCAGCUCUAUACCCAGGCUGUCCUAGACAUAACGUAUUUUGAGGAAAACCAGCUUGUGGAUGACGAUUUUCCAGAAGAAACUUCCUUGCAAAAACUUAAAGAACUUAUUUGUAUUCUUUCAGAACCAGAAGAUCUAGUGAGGGAAUGCAACGUAGAUGAAGAACCCAUUAACAUCCUUGGUGCAGAACUGUUAGAAUGUCUUUACUGGAGGAAAGGAGCCCUGCUUUACAUGUACUGUCAUACAGCAAAAGAAAGGAGAGAAUGGCUACAAGGAAACAUUGCCACGUUUAAAAAGUGUCUUAAUGAUGGAGUUCAUUACUUGAUGAAGAUGCUUAGCUUUAGAUGCCCUCUUCAGCUAAAUGAAGAUGUCUUACUUCAAGAUAAAGACACAGCUAGAUUACUCAGUGAAGGUAUAUUUAGUGACACACACUUACUGGCAAUGAUGUACAGUGGAGAAAUGUGCUACUGGGGACUGAAACACGGGGGAGAAGGGAAGCAGGAAAGCCCUGAGUCAAUAGAUCCUGUGUGUGACAGCAGCCUGGGCAGCGGAACACAGAGCGUGUGGCUGGACUUCCAAGAAACAGGGAAAAACAUGUUAACGAAGUAUGUGACCGUGUGUGAGGGACCUUUAAAAGGCCAAGGGUGGAACACGACGGCGGCAAAACAAAUGUUGCGUGACUUGGUGAAAUCCCACAGCUAAGAUCCGCCGCCGGAAGAAACCCCGUGUCCUCGGAGCACAACUAAGGAGUUUUGCCUCUGCUUCCGUGUCUGGUUUUAUUUUUUUAUUAUUAUUAUCAUCAUUAUUAUUAUUAAUUUUUAAAUCGAAAUGUAUACUUCUGCUGCAUUAAAAAAAAAAAACAAAAACCCACA